UAGAAAUCAGCUGUGGAAUCGCACUUCUCUUUCCUAUAGUCAGUUGUUGGAUUUUCUUAAUUUCAGCCUUAAUUUCCUUUUGGAAUACUUUGGUUGUUUCUUUUUAAAUGAUGUCGAAGCCAUGGAUUUGUAUGGGGCACAAUUUUGAGUUGUUAGUUAUCAAUUGAUUUCAUCUCUCUCUGAAUUUGUGUUUUUUGCAUUUCUAACUAUUGGAUCCAGAUAUACUUCUUGAAUAAUGUGACAUUCAUACAAAGUUUUUUGGUACAAGCACUUUAAAUGUUUAAAUGGGCCAAUCAAAUUGUUGACCACACAAGAUUAAUAUUAAAUGGGCCAAGACAGUAGAGAUCGUGCAGCUCAUUAUAUCACUCGCUAACCCUUUAUUUUUUAUUUAAUUUAUUGUAGUCCAACAACUCUAAUCUCCAUUCUUUAAAAUAUUUUGUAACCCAUCCUCCUUUGAGUGUCAACGUCCAAAUUUGCUGCAAAUCGAAAAGUUUAGACAUUACACAUUAUAAUAAUUGGAUUUAGUCUGCAACAAAAUGAGAUUUGUCUAAAAUUAGGGACCAAAAUGCAAUAUCCUAAUAUAGAGGAAUAUGCUUCUUCAGUUAUGCUGGCUUCUGCAUCUUUCACCAUCGUAAACAUAACUACUUCCAACUGUUAAAAGCCACAAGCCAGAGUCUGGAUACUGAAUCGGGUCAUAAACCGGAUCCUACCGAAGAUGCUGCGCGACUACUGCUGGUGCUGCAAGUCCAGUCUCACCGACGCCGACGACGCCGUUUCCGACUGCGAUCCUGUUCUUCUGGUCUCGGGCAUAGCCGGGUCAAUCCUGAACUCCAAGAAGAAGAAAUCCGGGUCCGAGACCAGGGUUUGGGUCCGGAUUUUGCUGGCAAAUUUGGAGUUCAAGAAGAAGCUCUGGUCCAUGUACAAUCCUGAAACAGGGUAUACGGAGACAUUGGAUAAUAGUACUGAGGUAGUUGUGCCUCAAGAUGAUUAUGGGCUUUAUGCUAUUGAUAUUUUGGACCCUUCUCUUUUCGUAAAGCUUCUGCAUUUGACCGAUCUGUAUCAUUUCCAUGAUAUGAUUGACAUGCUUGUUGAAUGCGGGUAUAAGAAAGGAACGACGUUGUUUGGGUAUGGCUAUGACUUUCGCCAAAGCAAUAGAAUUGGUCAAUUAAUGGAUGGCCUAAAAGAGAAGUUAGAGGCUGCAUAUAAAGCUUCGGGGGGAAGGAAAGUCACUGUAAUUUCACACUCGAUGGGUGGAUUGCUGGUCUCAUGUUUUAUAUCUCUUCAUAAUGAUGUAUUUGCCAAAUAUGUAAAUAAGUGGAUUACUAUUGCCACUCCCUUCCAAGGUGCACCGGGAUGCAUCAAUGAUUCUUUGCUUACUGGAUUGCAGUUUGUCGAAGGCUUUGAAAGCUUCUUUUUCGUGUCUAGGUGGUCCAUGCAUCAAUUGCUGGUUGAAUGCCCAUCUAUCUAUGAGAUGUUGCCAAACCCCAGUUUCAAUUGGAAGAAGCAACCCGUGAUCCAAGUAUGGAGGAAGCACUCCAACGGUGAGGAGACAUCUGUUGAGCUGGAAUCCUAUCGCUCCAACGAAUGCAUUUCCCUUUUCGAAGCUGCUUUAAAGAACAACGAGUUGGAUUAUGAUGGAGAAACAAUAGCCCUUCCUUUCAACUUUGAGAUCCUUAAACGGGCUAAGGGAACCCGGGAAGUCCUUGAUCAAACUCAACUCCCUCAGGGGAUUCAGUUCUACAAUAUCUACGGAAUAUCUGUCGACACACCCUUUGAUGUUCGCUAUGGUUCGGAGUCUUCUCCAAUAGGUGAUCCAUCUGAGAUAUGCCACACACUGCCAGAAUACUCUUAUGUAGAUGGUGAUGGAACAGUCCCAUCCGAAUCAGCACUGGCAGACAGUUUCGAUGCAGUGGAGAGGGUGGGAGUAUGUGCAGGUCACCGGGCACUGCUGCGUGAUGAGAAGGUGUUCGAGCUUAUCAAGAACUGGCUGGGAGUUUCUCCGGUGGCAAAGGCAAAACGCUCUCUCGCAUCCAAGGUGAUGGCUAUCUAGUGUAUGAGUGUGAGCCGAGCUAAGUAGAUAGAGCUCACUCUCACUAGCUAGAAUGUUGUAUCCACGUGUAUAUAUAUAUAUAUAUAUAUAUAUAUAUAUAUAUAUAUAUAUAUAUAUAUAUAUACGUAUGCGCAUACGUAUUUGGUAUUCCUGUACGUAUGCCCAUCAGCCCAUGCAUGUGCAAUAAGAAGACGAAGAACAUAUAUAAAUUUAUGUAUAUUAUGUAAAGAUAUUGUAUGUCUCAGAUGUGCCAACAUAUACUUAUCCACUAAAC